UGCCACCAAGAAAGCACAUUUUGUAGCCUCUGGUCUGCUCUUGAGCAUAUGGACCUUCCCUGAUGAGCAGGGGUUGGUUUCGACUGGUUUGCACCUGCCACUGCUUCCUGACCUGCCGUGUCAUUGUCUCCUGCUGCAGCCGUGGUGUGGGAGACCUUGUGCCUCGCUUUGAAGUUGGAAAGUUGAGUUUGCUCUCCAGUUCUGCUCUCUGAGCUCCUUGCUCAUACACACUGUUGUCAGGAGGACCCUGGGAAACAGAACACAGUUGUUCCUGAAUGAGUGGCCUUGCCCUUUCUCUCUUACCCUUUCUUCUCUCCCUUGCCCUGAGGUUGGCUUUUCUCUCAUCAGUCACUGGAGAUGGGGAUAAUGUCACCUCUUCUGAGGGUUUGCAAUGGCUCCCUAGAACAUCCAGUUUCUAGUGGAUGCACUGCUGUGCCAGGAAUGGGGGUAGAAAUCCUUUGGGUUUCUGCCUCAGGGAGCUCCAUCCUAUUCAUAAGGCAAGCCCCAGAAGGGACAUGGAGUAGGGGAGGCAGUGAGCCUCAGAGAGUUGUCUCUAGCUGUCAGGGCUAGAAGAGGCCAUAAGAUCUAAGGCAUUUCCAUGGUGGCAGUGCUUCUGAUGCUUACCCUGGCCUGGGUUAGAGGUGGUCUCUCUCAUCCCUGCAGAAGCAGGGCAGAGCUCCUUCCUGGCCUAGGUAUCUAAUGUCUACCUGGCGACCCUGUGGUCAGUCCCGAGACCUCUGUGGGGUGCCCUGCCUGUCAGCAAACCACCACUGUGCAGCUUUUUGUUUGCUUGUUUCCACAGACUGUGGCGAGCCUGAGGGGGCCCAGCCAGGUAGGUGCCAGUUCUGGCUGUCUGUGCUUGGCCUCUCCUGGCUGUGGCCUCUGGGUCUACGAAUCAAAAAGUGCUCUUGGUGGAGGCCGGUGGGACCAGCUUAAUUAGAGUCCCAUUUUAGGGAGUUGGGAGCUGGUGGUGGCUACGGAAGCCAGAAGUAGCAGAGUUUGUGAGAGGUGGAGGCUGUGUGGUGACACACCUAAAAUCCAGGGGAAAUGCAGCCUCAGGAAGCUCCUGGGACAGGCAAGACCUGGCCAGCAUGUGCUGUGGCAACUCUGUGGCGACCCUGGUGGUGGUAUCCCCAUGUGCCUGCCUUGCUGGUAAGGCUUGUUUGAAGAACUGGUGGUAUGUGUCUGGCACUAGAAUUCAGAGAAAGAGCCCAUGUGGACAAGCGAGGAGGAGGUUGUCAAGGACCUCAGUCAACUGUGACUUGGUCCAGGUAGGGUCUUUCCAUUGCUGUUCUAGAAAGGAGGCAAAGAGACCAUUAUUAGUAACAUUUUCAGUUUCUACAACAGCUGGUUUCAAGCUUCUGACACAAUGUCAACUGGCUUGCAAAAUUCCUAAUGAUUAAAAACUUUAACAAAUGUCUGAGCUGCCAUCACAAACCAUGAGCUUUCUCAGUCCUGGCCCCCCACCUUAAUUGCCCUUGGCUUGUGCUGCAGUUUGCAGUCAGCAGUAUCCAGAAAGCUGGCUACAGCUGCUGUCCUGACUAAAAAUACCCAUGCUGCCCCUGAUUAGUAUCUGGGGAAUGCCUCGGUCUGCCUCUCAGGCUUUCGGCACUACACCCUUGCUCAUUAAGCCCUCUCCCCAGAGCCCUAGAGAAACCACAGUUGAUGGUCCCACUUCUCUCUGAAGGUUCCAGGGCAGGGACAGUUCCAGGCCCAUCUGAUGGCAGGUGAUGAUAAGUACGGGCGGAAGAUAAUUGUAUUUAGUGCUUGCCGGAUGCCCCCCAGCCACCAGCUGGACCACAGCAAGCUCUUGGGGUACUUGAAACACACACUGGACCAGUAUGUGGAAAGUGACUACACACUCCUGUACCUGCACCAUGGCCUGACCAGUGACAACAAGCCCUCCCUCAGCUGGCUACGGGAUGCCUACCGAGAGUUUGACCGCAAGUACAAGAAGAACAUCAAGGCUCUGUACAUUGUGCACCCAACCAUGUUCAUCAAAACUCUGCUUAUCCUCUUUAAGCCCCUCAUCAGUUUCAAGUUUGGACGGAAGAUCUUCUAUGUGAAUUACCUGAGUGAGUUAAGCGAGCACGUGAAGCUGGAGCAGUUGGGGAUCCCUCGCCAAGUGCUCAAGUAUGAUGACUUCCUCAAGUCCACCCAGAAGAGCCCUGCAACAGCUCCCAAGCCCAUGCCACCACGGCCCCCCCUGCCUAAUCAGCAAUUUGGGGUCUCGUUACAGCACCUCCGGGAGAAAAACCCGAACCAGGAGCCCAUCCCCAUUGUGCUCAGGGAGACAGUCGCCUACUUGCAGGCGCACGCUCUCACCGCCGAGGGCAUCUUCCGGAGGUCUGCCAACACCCAGGUAGUAAGAGAAGUGCAGCAGAAAUACAAUAUGGGGCUGCCAGUGGACUUUGACCAGUACAAUGAGCUGCACCUGCCAGCCGUCAUACUCAAGACAUUCCUUCGGGAGCUUCCUGAACCCUUGCUAACCUUUGACCUCUACCCCCACAUUGUGGGCUUCCUCGAUCUUGAUGACGACCAGAGAGUGGAGGUAACACAGCAGGUUCUCCAAACUCUGCCAGAGGAGAACUACCGGGUACUUCACUUCCUGACUGCCUUCCUUGUACAGGUAUCUGCCCACUCUUACCAGAACAGGAUGAAUAACACUAACCUGGCUGUGGUCUUCGGCCCUAACCUGCUGUGGGCUAAGGAUGCUGCCAUCACCCUCAAGGCCAUUAAUCCCAUCAACACCUUCACUAAAUUCCUCCUGGAUCAUCAAGGGGAAUUGUUCCCCAGCACAGAUGCCCAGGGGGUCUGAGCUCAGCCCCCACCUCCAGCCCCUUCUCUGGCAGCUCCAGUUGGACUUGUCCUCCUGGUAUCAACCUUAUUGGAGCUUCUGCCUAGGAAGGGACCCUGAAGCCCCUCCCAGGAGAUGUAGGUUGGAGCCCACUAACUGGGCAGCCCCUCCUCUCCCUCUGUCCAUCCCACCUUACCGGCCCUGGAGGCCUGUUACCCUAAGACAUUUUCUUUGCCUUACACUUCUCACUGCCUCUUUGGUUGCUGGGCUUGACUCUUCCAGGAUUCAGCCCAAGUAAUCCUUUUCUUUUUUUCCUGCCUGUUUCCCUGGCAACUGUAGAAGACUACAUCACUGCCAGCUGUGCUGGUAGCUGGGGCUGGUCCUCUCUUGCCUGUUAGGAAGUGAGUGUUGACCUGGGUGCAAGUUCCCCGUGCCUGCCCUCCCUACUAGUAGGGAUGACCAGAGUUGGCCUGUCACUUCUGCCUCCAGGGUCUGUUCCUCCCCAAGUGGUACUGCCCCCAGAGUGUCCUGUCCCCUCAUUUCUGCCACACUUGGCACCUUGGAUAUCUAUCAAGACUCAGAAUCUGAGUCCCUAUUGAAAUGGUCUUGUCCACUCCCAGGGAGAGCCAUAGUGUCUGGUGGGAUCAGUUCCAGCAGUCCUGGCCCUCCAUGCCUUCCCUUCAUUCUCACGUGCACAGACCUUCAGCCAAAGGCUGCACAGUAGAUCUUUCUGGUGUGGAGUCACUCUAAUCCCUGUUCUGGCCAGGGAUUCUAAUGCCUCAGGAUCCAUGGUAGCUCUCACCUCUUGCCUGGGGACUCUUGGAGAGUCAGGAGCUCAGAAGCCCCUAAGAUUGUCAGAUGUUUUACUAAUAGAUCACCCCUGCUAGAUAGGUUCUAGCAAUUCCCUUAGGGGAGUGUGGUGGCCAUAGGCCCUCUUGACUUUCAGAAAGCCUGAACCCCAGUGAUUGGUAACUUUCACUCUAUUCCUAGUGAAGCCUUGUGACCCUCUUCCUGAAGUCUGUCCCCUAAUGACAGGGAGCUAGCUGCAGUGGCCCUGCCCUACAGGUGUGGCCAGGCACACCAGCUGGAGAGGCGGUACUGGGUACUGUAGGAUCUGCACUGAUGACCUUGCAGAGGAGGCUCUUUGCUGCACCACUGUUGUGUCAGGUGCUUCAAGUGCUGCUGUCAGUCCCCAGCCUUAUACCUGCCCAGCCUGGGCCUUUGCUUCUGUCCACUCUGGUGUCGAGUGUCGCUACACUCCACUUACUGAGGGCCAUCCGGACCUCUUUUGUCUUUCUCUUGCCCCUGCCCUGUCAGUCUGUGGCUGGGGGUGCUUUUACUGUGAAUCCAGUGUUCACAUUUACCACAAUUUCCUUGGCACCAAUCAUGUAUUUUACCGUUUGCACUUUUUGUAUUUCAAUAAAAAUGUAAAUGAAAAA